AUGCAGCCUUUGGGCCCCACACCCUCUGCAGGGCUUUGCAGCCUUUCGAGGCCCUCCCUUUUGACGAGUACGUGGGGGGCCCCGGGGGCCCCUGGGGCCCCGGGGGCCCCCUGGGGGCCCCUGCGGGCCCCCUGGGGGCCCCCGGGGGGCCCCCCGGAGAGCCCCGACGCCGCUCAGGGGGGCCCCCCGGGGGCCCCCGGGGGGCCCCUGGGGGCCCCCGGUUCCCCUCCUGGGGGGGCCCCCACUGCCGCGGGGGGGCCCCACUUACUCGUGAAGAACAAGAAGGACUUUGGGACUUUGGAGUUGACUUUAGAGAAACUGAAGAACUCUUUGGGAAGCAGUUUUGGAUGCCUCAUGAGAGAGAAAGGUCCAAACGGCUGCGCCAUUUGCUGCAAAAGGGCCUCGAAGGAGAAGCACCCCAAGGACAUAACUGUCCCCUUUAAUCGUUUGAAGGCUUAUGGCCAGAAGAUCGACUUCAUCACUUCUUGCAGAAAGCUGCAAGAUGAGGUGAUGCAGGAGCUGCUGGGGCCGUGCGGCAGCAGCAGCAGCAGCAGCAAGCCGCUGCAGCACAUGCCUCCGCCCAAGGGCGUGCGCAGCAACCCGAACUAUUUGCUGACUCCCGAAAAGAUUCAAAGAGCAGCAGCAAAGUUGCAUGUGGACCUCGCAGCAGCAGCAGCAGCAGCAGCAGCAAAUCCUUUCGCUCCAAUCGAAAGACGCAGAAUGGCCCUUCAAGUCGAACCCACCCGCAUCCUCGGCGGCGGCAGAUACGCCGUUUGA